UUCUUCUCUCUGGAGUGCAAUGAAGUGUCCAGUAAUGAGUUAUGAGAUGUCAGUAGGUUUGGAGUGACUUUGAGCAGCCUGCAUAUUGAAGCUCAGGCCUGUGUUCCUGUGUUGCUGGAGAAUUUGCAUGCUGCCAAGAAGAACGUGCUGUUGGAAAACAUCAUGGGAAGAAAGGCGAUUUUGCUUCUGAUUGUGGGAGUCCUUGGGGCAUAUUAUGUUUACACACCUCUCCCGGAUAAUAUUGAGGAGCCGUGGAAAUUAAUGUGUGUAACAACGUGUUUGAAAACUAUGACACAUUUGUGUCACUUUGCUGAGCUGUUGGGAAUCAGUCAUUUCAUGGACAUUGCAAGGUUCUUCAUGAGCAUUCAAGAAGUCCCACCUACAUCUGAUGAAAAUGUCACUGUGAUGGAGACAACUUUCAACAAUGUUCCUGUCCGUAUAUAUUUACCAAAACGGAAGUCAGAGACACUAAGAAGAGGCUUAUUUUAUAUUCAUGGUGGUGGUUGGCAUAUGGGAAGUGCUGCUUUCUUUGAUAUUGACUUUCUAUCAAGACGGACAGCUGUUAUGCUAGAUGCUGUUGUCAUUUCAACCAACUACCGACUAGCACCUGAACAUCACUUUCCAAGCCAAUUUGAAGAUGUCUAUAAUGCACUAAAGUGGUUCUUAAACCAAGAUGUUCUUGACAAGUACAGUGUAGAUCCUGAAAGAAUUGGUAUCUCUGGAGAGAGUGCUGGAGGGAAUUUAGCUGCAGCCGUGACUCAACAGCUCAUAGAUGACCCAGAUGUCAAGAUCAAACUCAAGACCCAGUCUUUAAUUUAUCCUGCCCUUCAGUGUCUUGAUCUGGAUUUACCAUCAUAUCGGGAAAACUCAAAUCUUGGUCUGACCAAAUCAUUCGUGGCCAGAUUGUGGAGUGGAUACUUUACCACAGACAGAUCACUUGAAAAAGCCAUGUUCUUCAAUCAACAUGUACCAGUGGAAUCAAGCCAUCUGUUCAAAUUUGUUAAUUGGAGUUCUUUCCUCCCUGAGAAGUUCAGGAAAGGGCAUUUUUAUAAGAGUCCAACUUAUGGUAAUUCUAAGCUGGCUAAAAAGUAUCCAGGGUUUCUAGAUGUGAGGGCGGCUCCCUUGUUGGCUGAUGACAACAGAUUGCGUAAUUUGCCCCUGACCUAUGUCAUCACCUGUCAAUAUGAUAUAUUAAGAGAUGAUGGAAUCAUGUACGUCACCAGACUCCAGAAUGUGGGAGUUAGGGUGACCCACAACCACAUUGAGGAUGGAUUUCAUGGAGCACUUGUUUAUCGUGGGUUUAAAAUUGGAUACAGAAUAGAAAAACAGUAUAUGAGUUGGUUAAGUGAAAAUUUAUAGUAAAAUAUCUGAACAGUGGUUCAUAAAAAUAUACAAACCUCAGAGUAGGAAACAAAUUAGUGAGAAAAGGUUGUGUUUGCAUUGAUAUUUGAUUAUCUGUGACCUUUCUAAUGUUCUCAUAACCACUGUAUUUUGUUUGUCUUUUUAACUCAGCAGAUUCUUCUCUGUCCCUUAUUAUAAAUGCUGUUUACUCAUCUCUGUACCUUAACUAAUAUUUAUAUUCUAUAUUUUUUCUUGCUACUGUUAGUCAUUUCUUAUAACUCUAAUUUAUAGCCCUAGUUUUUUGUCUAAUGGUAUUACUAUUUAGAAGAAAGUUUAAAGGAAUACAUCUGGUUUGUGAAAUGCUAGAGCUUCAGUUGGCAUGGAUUUGGAGUCUUGAAAUGCUGCCUUAUAGGCAAUCAUAUUUCCUUGCCAAUUCUUUUUUCAGAGUGUUAGCCUCACUACAACAUCAUUUGUUUAUCACUGCAAAAUUCACUUCUUAAUGCAAACUUCUUCAUGUGCUCAGACACCAGAAUCAGUGCCAAUGAUCUCAUAGGCAUUCUAGGAAAACAGUAGCUCUAUUCUUUUGACAAAUGAGGGGCAUUCAAGUGGGAGGCAGUAACUCU